AUGUGGAUAGCAACCCAUAGCUAUUGUAUGACACAUUUUACAUUUGAUACAGUACUUACGUACCAAAAUUUAUUGUACAAUGUUUGUCUAGGUACAACAAGCUCACCAAAAAAUUUGUGGGCUUGUGUGAAUUUGAUAAAUGGAAAAAAAAAAUUGCCUAUAAAAGUAGAAAAUAAACGAAAAUUUACGGAAGGGAUUGUUUUGUUCCUAAAGGAAAAUGAGGCCGAUAUAUUAAAAAUUAUUAAUGAAGGGAAGAGAAUUAGAAUACCAAGUAUAAAAACUUUAAUUAGCGCGUCAAGUGACACGGAUGAGAGCGUUAGAAUUACUGCCACACCUAUCCGAUCAUCCAAGUAUCAAUUAAAUGACGAAUGGCUUGCUGCGGAAUUCAAUUCAAUUAGAAAUGAAUAUACAUCACAGACACCACAGAACGAAUGUUACAAUCCGAAUUGUAGAAGCAAAAUAAUAGCAGUGGAGGAGGAAAAUGAAAAUUUAAAAGAGGAAAAUGCAAAUUUAAAAGAGGAAAAUGCAAAUUUAAAAAAGGAAAUUGCAGAUUGCAAAGAAAAAAUGGAGAGAAUGAAGAAUAAAAUGAUAGAUCAUAUGUUAGGAGAAACAGGGGAAGAAGUAGAAAAUAACAACGUGGGCACGAAGAAAGUUGGUUGUGUAGGCACAGCAACCGGUCAAAUGGCAUGA